UCUACCACCUGCUGAAUGAACCCCGUCAGUGUCGGGGAGUACCACGGGCUGCGGGUGGGCUCAGCACUGCUCAGCAUUGUGGCAGGCUGCAUCAUCAUUGGGGUGUCAAGGGAAUGCGAUGCUGAUGCUGUUGGAGGGAUCUUCUUGGGAGCAGGGGGGCUCGGCCUGCUCAUAUCAAUCUACCCCUUCAUAAAAGCCUGGCUCAACAUCAACCAUAUUCUUCCAAAUUUUGGAAACUUCAGAGUGCACCCCACACCUGCCAAUCCGGCUCAUGAUCCACCUGUGGAGACACUGAGAAGAGAAGGGACUCAGAGUCAACUCAACCUGGAACGCUCUAAGAGUCGAAUGGGAACCUUUGUGGAGGGCGGAGCAAUGGCCGAGACCAACGCAGACGAGGGGACUUCUUCAGACAUGCCAGACGUUCUAUCAAGACGAGAACUAAAGUAGUCGCCUUCUGAUCAAGACCUGCCAUGAUUCAUCUCAUCACCCAAAAGAGCAACACUUCUGAUAUUUCCUCUUUCUAAAUUUAUUAGAAAUGUGUGAAAACAAUGUUGAUUAGAAUUUUCCUGAUCAUUUGAACUUUCCGGUAUUGUACUCAUGGGUUCUAAUAAAAAUUUCCAAACAUUAAA